AUGCUGGUCUAGACACCUGGCCUAAGCAGAGCCCGGGGGUGGGGAGUGGCAGCUGGAUCCUGUCGUGCGUGGAGGUGACUCAUAAUCCCGCCCCUUUUCGUCCAGCUCUUUCUGGGCCGGUCCUCGCACCACGUGCCUUCCUGGCCGCUCCCCCAGGGCCCUUUCCAGACGCCUGUUGAAGCUGCUGUAAAAUGUCGUGAGGACGUCGCCGCUUUGCGGCUGCUGUUCAGAACCAGAUCCCGGGAGUGCCCACCGCAGUCAGCGGUUCCUCCAGCGGAGUCCUCCCGAGGGAGGGCGAAAGCACUCGGGCGCGCCACUGGCCUCUCCGCCGCGCCCGCGAGGGCUCUGGGCGAUGUGAACUCGAGGCGACUGCUGUGCUCCUGGGCCCGGGGGCUGAGGUGGGCGGCAGGUGCCUGGGAGGCCGCCGGGGGCCGGCAGGAUGGAGGAGAGCAUGGAGGAAGAGGAGAUGCUCACCUACGAGGCAAUGAUGGACGACCAGAACCACAACAACUGGGAGGCCGCUGCAGACAACUUCCGGCAGCCUCCGCCGCCGCCCUCGUCGUCCAUCCCGGAUCCUGGCCGAGAACCCCCGGGGGGCCAGCUGCUGGCUGUGCCCUCGGGCUCCGUGGACAGGAAGGGCCCUAAGGAGGGGCUCCCGAUGGGGCCUCCGCCCUUGCCAGAGCCCAGCGGGGUGAUCAUGAUGUUGAAGAGCUGCGACGCGGCCGCCGCGGUGGCCAAAGCGGCCCCCGCCCCCACCCCGAGCUCCACCAUCAACAUCAACACCUCCACUUCCAAGUUCCUAAUGAAUGUUAUAACAAUUGAAGAUUAUAAGAGCACAUACUGGCCAAAAUUAGAUGGUGCCAUAGAUCAACUUUUAACCCAGAGUCCUGGUGAUUAUAUACCUAUAUCCUACGAACAGAUUUACAGUUGUGUAUAUAAGUGUGUAUGCCAGCAGCACUCGGAACAGAUGUACAGUGAUCUGAUUAAAAAGAUAACCAGUCACUUAGAGCGAGUCUCCAAGGAGCUGCAGGCCAGCCCUCCAGACCUCUAUAUUGAAAGAUUUAAUAUAGCUCUGGGACAGUAUAUGGGAGCAUUGCAGAGCAUCGUGCCUCUUUUCAUAUAUAUGAAUAAGUUUUACAUAGAAACUAAGCUUAACAGAGACUUAAAAGAUGAUCUUAUAAAGCUGUUUACGGAACACGUUGCAGAAAAGCACAUUUACAGCCUAAUGCCUUUACUUUUAGAAGCCCAGUCAACACCAUUUCAGGUCACACCUUCAACUAUGGCAAAUAUUGUGAAAGGCCUGUACACUCUCAGACCAGAAUGGGUUCAGAUGGCUCCAACUUUGUUUUCUAAGUUUAUUCCAAACAUUCUGCCUCCAGCUGUGGAAUCUGAACUUUCUGAAUACGCUGCUCAAGAUCAGAAGCUUCAAAGAGAACUUAUACAGAACGGUUUUACCAGAGGUGACCAGUCCCGGAAAAGAGCUGGGGAUGAGUUGGCUUAUAACAGUCCGUCUGCUUGUGCAAGUUCCCGGGGAUAUAGAUAGUGACUGCUGAAGUACUUUCUCUCGGAGAGAAGACACUGGAGCUGCAGAAACUGUCCAGGCACAGUGGGGCCUGCACCACUCAGGAGCUGUGUCAAAAGGCUGUUCUCAGAGAGGAUGCCACACUUCUUUCUUUGAUUUUCAGUUUUCAAAAACAAGAACUAACAAAAACAAUUGCUGCUAGACUUGGGGGUGAUUUUGAAAUGGGACAAUCUUUUAAUGAGUUUAUCUACAGAGCAAGUGUCUUGGAGAGCGGCCAUUGCUAAGUGAAGCCCAACAUGCAAAUCAGCUUCCUCCAAAAAACAAGAACGAUAGAAUCUUAUUAUUUUUUAAGCACUUGUCUUGUUCAUUUGUGGACUUGGCACAUGGUGUCUCAUGUCAAGAUAUCUUUGCUUUAAAACCAAGCAGAUGUUACGAUACAGUGUUCACCCAGGCCCCAAACAAUCUGUUUUAAGUUCAGAAUUGGUCUGUGUUUAGCAUUAGUCUUAUGGAGAAAAAUGUUAAUAAUUGCUUUCACUAUAACUUUCCCCAUCAGUUCACGUUUUUAACUCUGUGCCUUGAGCUUUGUGCACUUUGCAACUAUGUGACUAUGUCAUCAAACUCACAAUGCUUCCUGGAGAAGUUGAUAGCCCAAACUGGCCUACCAAGGCCUCUGGUGUGGCUUUGUAGCAGGACCUGAUUGAGAAAAUGGACAGAGGUCAGAAUUCACCCUUCUGUUCCAGUUCUCAUGGGGACCAACUCUUACUGAGUGGUUUCCUUUCUGCCGUCACCUCACCUGAUCUUACCAGCCUCUGGUGUGGGUGGAGUCCUGGUCUGUGAUACUGUAGAGAUUGCCCAGCUGUGGGAGCUGUUACCUGGAUCCCUCUAGGGAGCAAUAGUAGUUAAAGCCAAAAAUGGUAAAUAGUUCUUGGUCCAUCUCAUUUUGAUGGGUGCAUUUUAGUAUUUGUAAAAGGUCGACUCUGCCCUGCAUCUUGUCAACAUCAUGUUUGAUAUUUGAGGACAGCAGGGGAGAGUGUGCACUGGUGUUUGAAGGCUUCCUUCAGCUGUGACACAGCUGUGUUGUCUGUUUCACACACCAGCAGUGCUCUUUAGAUCUUCACAAACGUCUGAAGCUUUCUCUAGCUGUUUUUCAAUGGUAAACAAAAGCAGGCAUGGUGAAGGAAAAAUAUUUUUCUUCUCAGUUUUGCUUGACUGUGAAGUGGCUUCGUGCUACCAGGCUUUAGCCGACGGUGAUUCUGACCCUUCAGAGAAUGCCUCCCCAGGCUACUACUUCGAAACAGUGGGCAGAAGAGUUAGAAAUGGUGCACUGGGGGCAAGAAUGUUGCCCAGUAGCAGUCCUGGGUUUGUAAAUGAUGGUCUAGGGGAGGAAUAGUAAGAGCUGACAGCUUGGCUCCUUCGGGUACUUCUCUGCAGUCGGUAGUUUGUGGGGACUUUAAUUGGCUUCAUUUAUUUGGGUCACCCUGAGUAAAGACAGACAGGUAGGUGUACAGCAUUUUCUGCUCUAAUGUCAAGGGAAAUUUUCAUUUUAUCAAGAAGCCCAAAGUUUACUUUUCUGGGAAUGCUUGCCACAAGGUUGUAAAUAUAAUGUGGAACUCUAGCAGGACCUGAUUGAGAAAAUGGACAGAGGUCAGAAUUCACCUUCUACAUGGCUUUAAUAUUUUUGACAGUAAAGUUGGAACAUUUCUUGAGACAUAAGUAAGUAGCUCAGUGUCUUAAUUUCUAUCCUCCCACCUCCACUGGAAGAGAGUACUCUCUUUUUUUUCUCCAAUAGAACUUUCUCUAUAAAAAUAUCAUAUUACAUAAAUUGGCAUUAAAGUGUGUGCUUUUGUGUUAUUAAAUUAAUGGAGAUAUAAUCAUACACAUUCUGUGUUAGCACAAAGUAGAGGAAAGCCUGUAAAAUUGAGUCAGAGCUGGAUACAACUGUACUGAUACUGCAAGGCAUGGUUUGUAAAACAUACUCAAGGUGAAAUUGGCCUUGCUUAUUAAUUGAAAUCUUGACAGAAUUCGUAGUCCUCAACUAUGAGGAAGUAAAAUCUCUCUCCCACUUUAUAUUUCCAGAAAAUACUUUUCAUUUGUCUUGUGUUCUUGCCAGUGAGAUGUGCAGUUUUUCUACCCUUACUGAGGACUACUUUCUUAAUCAGAUCCUCAAUGGCCAAAUGAUGCAGAUUGGUUAGCCAGUCAGUGUAAUGCAGUUAAUGCUUUAAAAGAAAGCCACAAAGUGUGCGUUACUGAAACUUCUGGAAAAGUCUUUUUUUCUGGUUCACUUUCUCUCCCUUUUGCUAGGAUGAAGUUGUUUUGAGUGUCGGUGAGAGUGCAGAGGAAAGGUGCCCUUGGUCACGACACUGCAUAUAUGUCUCUAAUGCUCAGAUCUGCGUAGCCCCCCCCCCCCCCCCCGUUUGCUCUCUGUCAGGUUGCAAAUUUGCACACAUGAAUGAUUCCUCAGGAACAGUUUGCACACUCCUCACUUCAGUGUACUCUGUAUAGACCAAACAGCAUCAACGGUUAUCAGCACGAGAGGCUUCAUACACUUACUAGCAAAGACCAUGGUGAGCUUGCAAACAAAACUGGUUUUUGCAGGUAAUGGAAAGAGGAGCAUUUAAUGUUUAAACAACCUCCCUGUAAAUAGAGUAAAUAACCUUCCAGAUUUUGCUGUCUUAUUGAGGCUGUUUGUUUUGUUUUUUCUCCUGUUUCUUCUCUCUCACAGUGGUUAAUUAUUCCCACAGUUAGUAUGCAGAAGGAAUUUCCCUUGAGCUAAGAUUCAAUUGUUUAUUAAGCAGCCACAUUAAACUAAGCAUUAUUCUAUGAAUGUAUAUUCAUAGAGUAUACUAAGCUGAGAUAAUAAGAAACAACUAAAAAGCAAAACAAAAACCCUGCAUUAGCUAUCCAGCUGUUAGAGUGUUUAGAGUUUUUGUUUGUUUGUUUUUAUGGUGUAUCCCUUGAGCUUUUAGCUUGGAAUAUUAUAUUUGCUUUUAUCCAUGUGUAGGUCUUUUAAGGGGAUGUUAAAAUUCAAGGUUGGAAUGUGACACCAUUAACUGACACCUGAAGCAAAUAUAGAGAGCCUUUUCUGUUAUGAUGAGUGCUUUCAGUAAUAGUGUGCAAAAUGAGGUUCAUUUUGACCAGAGGUUGUAGCGGUCCAUAGAGAAAUGGCUCUUGUGCUUUAAUUACCACAUAGAAAUUUGCCUUGGUUUCUGACCCCCAGAACUUUGGGAAGGAGGUACUUGUUCUUUCCCAAAGGAAAUGCCUCCUCUCUGGUCCCCCUGCUGCUUAACUGCAGUCACUGUCUCCUCCUUCCUGCACUAGCUGAGACCUUAACUUGAACCUCUUUCCAGAGCCAGUGGCUUGGGUCUGCCACCUCACUCACUGCAGGACCUGUUAUUUUACAGAUCUGUGCUGUGCUGUGAAGAACUUGGUUUUAGGUUUGAUUCACUGUUAGAAGAGUGCUGAUGGAUUACACCUCUGGGAAAGUCAUCAGCAUGGCUCUGGGGUUAAAAGUUGAGUGGUUUGGAAAAUAGUUUGUAUUGGUUUUUAUGUGUCUUUUAAAUAUUGUGACUGUACUAAAUGCAGUAAGACUGAAUGUUCUCCUAGGGUGUGUUUGGUUGAAUGAUUGGCAGUGCCCCUGGCUCUUCUUAGUCUUAUUUGUCAAUGUUACAGCCGUGCAAUUGUAGAGAAAUUAUUUAAUGUCAAGUCCUGAGGAACUGUGGCUCAAACAAAUGCUUAUUCAAAAUUUGGAGAUCACAUGCAGGCUUUUGCCACCCACCAGCACAGCAGAGCGAAUGAAGCAUUGCUGUCCAGUCUCCCGACCACUUGUCAUAAGGCAUGGCAAAUCUGGUACUGUCCUUUGCCACUCACUCAUUCACAGAACAAGACUAAAGUGCUUACUGAGCUGGGGCACAAAGCUGCUGGCGUGGGCUCUCCUUAUACACAUUUGAUGGAUUUUGAAUCACUCUUCUGUAUUAGGUGUAUAUUCUUACUAAAACAUUGUGGUCAAUGGAAAAUAAAUCUUGUACAGAUGUCCUUAAA